UGGCUUACCCUGACUCUUCUCUACCUAUAAAACCCUCUUUACAUACACACUUGUGAUCAGAUUUUCUCAAAGAUCCAACGCACUUCUUCUCAAACAUGGAUAGAUCCAUCUUUCUUUCUCUAGCACUAGCCUCACUCUUGGUCGGAGUCGUCUCAGCUCGUGACUGGAACAUCUUGAACCAACUCAAAGCACUCGGUUCAUCGUCGUCCUCAAGCCAAAACGCCAUCGUUUCUUCAGGGCUCUCGACCAACCUAAAACGGUACUGCGAAAGCUGGAGGUUCAACGUGGAAGUACACAACAUCAGAAACUUCGACGUGGUGCCUCAGGAGUGCGUGUCUCACGUCCAGAAUUACAUGACGUCCUCUCAGUACGAGGAUGACGUGGAGAGAACCGUGGAUGAGGUCAUACUUCAUUUCGGGAGCAUGUGUUGUAGCAAGAGUAAGUGCGAUGGCAUGGACGCUUGGAUCUUUGAUAUUGAUGACACGCUUCUCUCUACCAUUCCUUACCACAAGAGCAAUGGCUUCUUCGGAGGAGAGAAAUUGAACUCUACUAAAUUCGAGGAUUGGAUAAGGAAGAGGAAAGCACCAUCAGUGCCACACAUGGUGAAGUUGUACCAUGAGAUCAGAGAAAGAGGCAUCAAGAUCUUCUUGAUCUCUUCUCGGAAAGAAUAUCUCAGAUCUGCCACCGUUGACAACCUGAUCCAAGCCGGUUACUAUGGCUGGUCCAACCUCAUCCUCAGGGGGCUAGAAGAUGAACAAAAGGAAGUCAAACAAUACAAGUCAGAGAAGAGGACAUGGCUAACAAGUCUUGGUUACAGAGUUUGGGGAGUGAUGGCAGACCAAUGGAGCAGCUUUGCAGGUUGUCCUCUUCCCAAGAGAACCUUCAAGCUCCCUAACUCCAUCUACUAUGUCGCCUAAUCAAAACAUAAUAAACCUAUGAUUUUAGCUUUCAUUGUACAAGAAGAAGAAUCCAUAAAUAAGAGAGAACAAUUUUGGUUCUGAU